AUGCCCACUAAUCCAAGUACAGCACCGAUACAAAAUCAGGAAUUUCAAUCUCAACAACUGCAAUUAAAUGCCUACAAUAAUCAGCCUACACAUUUUUUUCAGGAGCCUGAUCAUUACAUGACAUAUAAGGAAUUUUUAGAAAACUUGACAAAUGAUUCUUCAGAAGAAGACGAUAAUGAGCAUUUAAAUAUAGUUGACUAUCCUGUCAAUGACUUAAUACUAAUGUUAUCAUGUUUGUUGACUAAAAUAAUUGAAGCUAAUGAUAAAUUGCACCCUAACCAUUUCGAUAAUACAAUUGCAGUUCGCCAGAAAUUGAAAGAAGAAAAGAAGAAGAAAAAGUUGGAAAAAUUAAAACAAAAGCAUGCUUCAGUUGAUUCAAAUAUGGAUCCUGACGAUUUAAGUAAUGAUGACGAUGAUGACAACGACGAAGAGGAUGAUGAUGAUGAAAUGAAGAAUAAGUAUUUAGCCAACGUAUUAGCAUUUCAUGGUACAAAUGUUCCUGGUAUAUCUUUACAUGCCUAUUUGGCGAGGGUAUUGAAAUAUUGUCCAGUGACAAAUGAAGUAUUUCUAUCAUUAUUGGUAUAUUUUGAUCGGAUCGCCAAGAAGGCAAAUAAUCUCAAACAAUCCAAAAGUAAUGAUGAUCAGCAAAAUCAAGAACCUGAGUCAGAACAGCUAUUCGUCAUGGAUUCAUAUAAUAUCCACAGGCUAAUUAUAUCUGGUAUCACAGUUUCAUCAAAAUUCUUCUCCGAUAUAUUCUAUAAGAAUUUAAGAUACGCAAAAGUAGGAGGUUUACCAUUAGAAGAGUUAAACUAUCUUGAGUUGCAAUUCUUAUUGUUGUUAGAUUUUAAAUUAAUGAUUUCGGUAGAGGAUUUGCAAAAUUAUGGCGACUUACUACUAAGAUUUUGGAAGCGAGAACAAGUAACUAAUGAACUUGUCAACUCUUCACAAAGUCCUAGUCAGAUGGAUGGAUAA